ACUGACACACCUUGACAGGCUGCAUAUAAACUCAGGCCCGACUGGGCUUCAGCAGGACUCACAUCUGGAACUCCAAACAUGGACAUUAACACCAGCAUCUCUCUUCUUCUCCUGCUGCUCCUGAGCUUCUGCAAAGCUCACGAUGAAAAUGAUCAUGGUGCUGAUAAUGACACCUCAGUGGACAUGUCUGACACGGAGGACAUUACUGCAACUAUUCUAAGAAUGAACAAUGGCUCUACUGAUUUUAUGCUGGAAGGAGAUGUGCUGAUCCCAAGGACAAGGAACGCUAUGAAGUGUUUUGCUGAAUCAUACACCUGUCUGUGGCCAAAGUCUGCCAACGGGAAAGUGGUAGUCCCUUUCCUUUUAAGCGAAAAAUACGACGACUCUGAGAAGACAGAGAUUCUGGCCGCCCUGCAGGACAUUGAAUCGAAAACCUGCAUUCGCUUUGUCCCACGUUUUAGGCAGACGGCGUACUUGAGUCUUGAACCAAGAUAUGGCUGCGCCUCUUUGCUGGGUCGUGUUGGAGACAAGCAGGUGGUGUCACUGCAGAGGUACGGCUGCAUCAAACGCGGGAUCAUCCAGCACGAGGUCCUGCACGCGCUCGGCUUCUACCACGAGCACACCCGCAGCGACCGCGACGAGUACGUCAAAAUCAACUGGGACAACAUAAACCAGUAUUUUGUUAACAACUUUCAAAAGAUGGACACGAACAAUCUCAACACUCCCUAUGACUACGCCUCUGUGAUGCACUAUGGAAGAACUGCCUUUGGAAUCAAAAGAGCAGAAACCAUCGUCCCCAUCCCCGAUGCCUCUGCUGCCAUCGGUCAGAGAGGCAGCAUGUCCCGCAUCGACGUUCAGAGGAUCAACAAACUCUACAAGUGCUGGAGUUACCUGGGAAGAGGAUGA